CGGGCUCACUCACUCGCAUUCACUCAUUCAGUCCGAGCCGGACGACAGUACCUGCUUCUGACUCACUCUCGCAAUCGAGUGGACCUCACCUGAGGGGGUCCAUGACGCGCGCGCACUGCGCGAUGAUGGCAAUAUUUGGCGCGCGUUUGGAUCUCGUGCGCACUGCAAGGAGUGGCGGUGUGGUGUGAGCUCGCCCGUAGCCAUCACCGUCACGAGCAGCACCAUGGACGGUCUGCUUCUUCUUAUUUGGACUCUACUCAUGCCGCUGGUCGGCUGCGCCCCAGGACGGCUGCUCUCCACCCUGCUGACCUGGACCCUCAUCAAGAGUUUGAACACUUGCUGUACACACGCCUUCCUGCACACGGUGUCAGACAGCGACUUUUCGACUUUCUCCUCCUCUUCUUCCUCCAGUAGCCACGGUUUAAAUCAUGACUAUGCCUUCGCCACGCCGAUGGAGGUGGACUCUCAGGGACGGUACCUGAGCCACGAUGUGAGCCGUCGCAGUAGGAGGUCGGUGUCGCCCUCCUCAUCCGUGCACUAUCGGCUCACUGUCUUUGGUCGGGACGUGCACCUGGACCUGCAGCCGUCCUUGGUGGUUGGCCCGGGCUUCACAGUACAGACGCUGGGCACGGGCGGCAUCACCACGGUAACCGGAGGCGAGGGUUACCAUGACUGCCUCUAUCAAGGAUUUAUCAGGAACCUGUCAUCCUCUUCGGCGGCCAUAUCGACGUGCUCGGGCCUGUCAGGUUUAAUCCGCGUGACUGAGCACGACUACUUGAUCUCGCCUCUACCUCAGCAUCUGGCCAAACGUCACAACUACAGCGCACCUGACGGUCACCAACCGCAUGUCAUCUACAAACGCUCCGCUGAACAUGUGGUUCGUGAACGGUCUGGCGACCCAUCAGGUGUCGGUUCGUCCACGCAGAACCAGGACCACCAUCAGCACCAGGAUGAUCAACACGGGAACACACAAAGGCAACACUUCUGUGGGCGCCGCAAGCAAUACACCCCCAAACCUCCCAUUGAGGACCCUUUUCUGAUGCCAGAUGAGUUUGACACUUCUGAUGACGAGGGCCUGGUAAGGCCAAAGCGUUCCCCAAUUGACUCCAAUCGGGUGGGAGGACUGAAUGUGGAGACCCUGGUGGUGGCGGACAGGAAUAUGCUGGAGAAACACGGCCGGGAGAAUGUCACCACCUACAUCCUCACCGUCAUGAACAUGGUUUCCAGUCUUUUCAAAGACGGCACCAUCGGGACAGACAUCAACAUUGUGGUAGUUAGCUUGUUGCUACUGGAACAGGACCCGCUGGGCCUGACCAUUAAUCACCAUGCUGACCAGUCGCUCAACAGUUUCUGCCAGUGGCAGUCGGGCCUCGUGGGCAAAAGCGGUAAGCGGCACGACCACGCCGUCCUCCUCACUGGACUCGACAUCUGCUCCUGGAAAAACGAGCCCUGCGACACCCUGGGUUUCGCUCCAAUAAGCGGUAUGUGCAGCAAAUACAGGAGCUGCACUAUCAACGAGGACACAGGACUGGGCUUGGCGUUCACCAUUGCUCACGAGUCCGGACACAAUUUUGGGAUGAUACAUGACGGUGAGGGUAACCCUUGUCGCAAAACUGAAGGCAACAUUAUGUCACCAACCCUUGCCGGCAACAAUGGGGUCUUCUCUUGGUCCACCUGCAGUCGCCAGUAUCUCAGUCGCUUCCUCGGGACGACCCAGGCGUCUUGCCUUGUGGACGAGCCCAAGCAGAUAGGUCAGUACAAAUAUCCAGAGAAGCUUCCUGGGCAGCUGUAUGAUGGAGACACACAGUGCAAGUGGCAGUUUGGCUCCAAGGCCAAGUUGUGUAGACUUGACUUUGUUAAGGACAUCUGCAAAUCACUGUGGUGUCACCGCAUGGGCCACCGAUGCGAGACCAAGUUCAUGCCUGCCGCUGAAGGCACGAGCUGCGGCCCGGACAUGUGGUGUUUGCGUGGCCAGUGUGUCAAAUACGGGGAACACGCCCCCAAGGCGGUCCAUGGACAAUGGUCACCCUGGUCCCAAUGGUCACAAUGUUCCAGAACGUGUGGAGGUGGGAUCAUGUACAGGGAGCGCUCCUGCACCAGUCCAAGGCCACAGCAUAACGGCAAAUUCUGCUAUGGGCCUGGGCGCCACAACCAGCUGUGCAACACCCGCCCGUGCCCACACAACAUCGUGGACUUCCGGUCUCAGCAGUGCGCCGAGUACAACAGCAAACCCUUCAGGGGCUGGUAUUACAAGUGGAAGCCGUACACCAAAGUUGACGACGAAGACGUGUGUAAGCUGUACUGCACGGCCGAGGACUUUGACUUUUUCUUCGCCAUGUCCAGCAAGGUGAAAGAUGGCACCUCCUGCUCUGACCACAAGGGCGAUGUUUGUAUUGACGGCGUGUGCGAGGCGGUCGGUUGCGAUCAGAUUCUGGGAUCUAAGGCCUCUCUGGAUGCGUGUGGCGUGUGCAAGGGAAGCAACUCUUCGUGCAAAUUCUACAAAGGCACGUACACGCUGCAACACAGGGCGAACGAGUAUUAUUCCAUGGUGACCAUCCCCCCGGGUGCCCGGAGCAUUCGCGUGGAGGAGAUGGCGGUGUCUACCAGCUACUUGGCGGUGCGUUCUCUCAAGAGGAACUACUACUUGACUGGAGAUUGGACGGUGGACUGGCCGGGAAAGUUCCACUUCGGAGGGGCCACGUUCAGCUACCAGCGCUCUUUCAGCAAGCCCGAGAGCUUGUACGCCGCCGGGCCCACCAAUGAGACGCUGGUGUUUGAAAUUCUCCUGCAAGGCAAGAACCCCGGCGUGGUUUGGGAGUAUACACUGCCUCGCACUGAGAGGAAGCCAGACUACAGCUGGGGUGUGGUUCGCUCCGACUGCUCCGCUCCCUGCGCCGGAGGUCGCAUUUCUACCAAGGCAAUUUGCAUGCAGGACCAAAAAGUUCAAGUCAACGCUACCAUGUGCAAUCCGUUCACAAGACCCACGCUGGGCUCGCAUCUCUGCAAUAUGCAGCCCUGCCCUGCAUACUGGUGGACAGGAGAGUGGGCAACGUGCAGCCGCUUGUGCGGCGGGGGUCAGCAGAGCAGGACGCUGCGCUGCAUGAGGAAGGUGACCUACCAGCGGGAGGAGGCGGCGGCGCACUCCCUCUGCCCCGUCGUCUCACCCGCGCAGCUGCGGCCCUGCAACACGCAGGCCUGCCCGCCCGCCUGGAAUGCGGGAGCCUGGUCCCAGUGCUCCAAGAGUUGCGGCCGCGGACUGAGGAAGCGAAGCGUGUUCUGCCAAAGCGGCGACCCCGGGGCAGCAGCGGCAGUGGUGCCCGACAGCAUGUGCGGACAGAACCAGCGACCCAAAGCCCAGGAGAGCUGUAUCCUGCGCCGCUGCCCCAGGAACGACAAGCUGCAAUGGAUGCACACUUCAUGGGGGGAGUGCUCCAAGUCAUGCGGUCCAGGCCUCCAGAAGCGAGAGGUCCACUGUGGGGAGAAAGACUUCCAGGGCGGGUUUGUGGAGUUUCCCGCGAGGAGAUGCAGGAACCUCGCCAAACCCUUGGCAGUUCUCCAGCAGACCUGCGACCGAGGACCGUGCCCUGAGCUGGCCCGGGUCCUGGAGGGCAGGACCGUCCCUGGUGCCAUGGUGUCAAGAUGGUACUCUUCUCCGUGGCAACAGUGCUCGGUGUCCUGCGGCGGGGGUGUCCAGACUCGCGGCAUCCAGUGCCUGCGUCAAGGUCACCCGGCGGCCGGCUGCUUGCCCCACCAGCGACCGAUCGCUUCGCGAGCCUGCAACACUCACUUCUGCCCCCGUGGCCCCCCACCGCCACAGCCCCAGAACCGGGCCACGGCUGUGGGGACCACUCUGAGAGGUGAGCCCCCCUGCAUGGACCACUUCAGCUGGUGCCACCUCGUCCCCCAGCACGGUGUCUGCGGCCACAAGUUCUAUGGAGACCAGUGCUGCCGGUCCUGCACCGGCAGGAGGCUCUAGAGCUCCCCCUACUGAAGAAGGAAAGGACCCAGACCCCUCUGAGGCGGACCGUUUAGAACUCUCAGAACACAUAGAACUGCACCCGACAGAAUGUGUCUGUCCUUCCUGGAGUACUUGACUAAUGAACUGAGUAAAGAAGUAAGAAGAUCAACAAACUGGAAAAGUAACAUUUACUGUCUGUGGGACAUUUGAGCUCUCCUCCUUCGUUGUUAUUAGCUCGCCUCUAUCGUGUGUGUGUUUCAAAGAUCCGAUGCCUUUAUUUAACUUAUUGCUCAUGGCGUUACAUUAUAUUGUGCAGUGGAUCUGUGACGUGUAACUCACCCACAAUAGACUUUCUCCACACGAUGACAUUUUGUACUUUUUAUUUUCAUGAUUUCAUUUCUUUUUUUUUUUUUUAUGAAGAAUUAUUCGCAUUUGGUGCACUUCUCCUGGUCCUGUUUUUCUACUUCCUG